GAUGAUAGUGGAGAGCAAGGUGUUUCUAGAACACCAUCUAUUGAUAAGACCAAAGAACAUAGUGAGGUUCACGAUAAAGUGGGUGAAAGUGUGGAAUUGCUUGACGAGUUGCCUAUUCAAAAUGAAACUUGCAACAAAGUAGUUGACUCAGUUUGCACUUCAUCAGAUAGACUUGGUAAACCUCCCUUCAAACAAGCCAGACGCUGUGGUUUAUGUGGAGUUGGCACUGAUGGAAAACUCCCAAAGAAGUUGAUACAAGAUAAUGGUGACAGUGACAUAGAGGCACAUAGCGGGUCUUCAUCUUCAGGGGAGCCAAACUAUGACAUAUUGGAUGGUUUUGGAGAUGAACCUGGGUGGCUUGGCCGUCUGUUGGGCCCUAUAAACGAUCGUUAUGGAAUUUCUGGAACGUGGGUUCAUCAGCACUGUGCCGUAUGGAGUCCCGAGGUUUACUUCGCUGGUGUAGGACACUUAAAGAAUAUAAGGGCGGCACUUUGCAGAGGGAGGUCACUAAAAUGCACUCGCUGUGAAAGACCUGGGGCAACCAUCGGUUGUCGUGUUGAUAGAUGUCCAAGAACCUAUCAUUUGCCUUGUGCACGAGCUAAUGGUUGCAUCUUUGAUCACCGUAAGUUUCUCAUUGCUUGCACGGACCACAGACAUCAUUUCCAACCCCAUGGUCGUCAAUGUCAAGUCACGAUGAAGAAGAUGAAAACCAAGAAGAUGCGUUUGGAGGUGAGGAAGCACUCAAAUGAUGCAUGGCGUAAGGAUGUGGAAGCGGAAGAAAAGUGGUUAGAGAAAUGUGGAGACGAUGAAGAAUUUUUAAAACGUGAAAGCAAGAGACUUCACCGAGAUCUGUUAAGAGUGGCUCCUGAGUAUAUCGGAGGCUCUGAUUCUGAGAACGGAAAGGCAUUUGAAGGGUGGGACUCAGUUGCUGGGCUUGAGGGUGUAACUCAAUGUAUGAAAGAGGUUGUUCUUUUACCUUUACUAUAUCCAGAAUUCUUUGAUAACCUUGGACUUACACCUCCUAGAGGUAUCCUCUUGCAUGGACAUCCUGGAACUGGAAAAACUCUUGUGGUUCGAGCAUUGAUUGGUUCCCUCGCUCGUGGUAAUAGACGGAUUGCCUACUUUGCCCGCAAAGGGGCAGACUGUCUGGGAAAAUAUGUUGGUGAUGCUGAGCGCCAGUUGAGACUCUUAUUUCAGGUCGCUGAAAAAUGCCAACCAUCAAUCAUAUUUUUUGAUGAAAUUGAUGGUCUUGCUCCCAAGCGGUCAAGGCAGCAAGAUCAAACACACAGCUCUGUUGUAUCCACAUUGCUCGCUUUACUAGACGGCUUAAAGUCGCGUGGCUCAGUGGUGGUCAUAGGUGCUACAAACUACCCUGAUGCUAUUGACCCAGCAUUAAGGAGGCCGGGGAGAUUUGAUAGGGAGAUCUAUUUUCCACUACCGUCGCUCGACGAUAGGGCUGCAAUCAUCUCACUCCAUACUAGAAAGUGGCCUAAGCCGGUGUCUGGAUACUUGCUCAAGUGGGUUGCUAAAGAAACUGCUGGUUUUGCUGGUGCGGAUAUACAAGCUCUCUGCACGCAAGCUGCCAUGAUUGCCUUGAAUAGGAGCUUUCCCUUGCAAGAAUCUUUGGCCGCUGCAGAGUUGGGAAUCUCUAGGAGUAAUCGUGUUGCUCUACCAUCCUUCUCAGUUGAAGAAAGAGAUUGGUUGGAAGCUUUAUCCCGCUCCCCACCCCCAUGCUCUCGUAGAGGAGCAGGAAAAGCAGCUAGCGAUAUAUAUUCAUCUCCUCUUCCUGUUUACUUGGUUCCUUCUUUGUUACCGUCAUUGUGUUCUUUACUUGUUGCUUUUCAUCUUGAAGAGCGCAUCGUGCUGCCACCUCUGCUUUCUAAAGCUGCGGUUGAUUUCCAAAAUGUGAUCUGUUCUGCUUUGAGCGACAAGAAGAUAACUGAUGAUUGCUGGUGGUCUCAUGUUGGUAGCCUUCUCCAGGAGGUAGAUGUUGUGAAAGAUAUAGUUCAGAGACUUUCUUAUGCUGGGAUACUGGAUGGAGGAUGUGACUCAGUUAGAUCUGUUCCAAGCGCCCCUGGUGCUGGCGAGUGUAGUUUGGGUUCUGCACAGUUCAUGGUACACAGAGUCCGCCGACAUCCUGGGUUGGGGAAUGCUCCUUCAGAAUCAAUGAACAAGUCUGGAUUCCAACUGCUUAUUGCUGGAGGACCUAGAUCUGGUCAACGUCAUCUUGCUUCUUGCAUCUUGCAUUGUUUUAUUGGAAAUGCAGAGAUGCAGAAGAUAGACACUGCAACCAUUUCACAAGAAGGAAAUGGGGAUCUGGUGCUAGGCGUAACUCACUUAUUAAUUAAAUGUGCUAGCAGGAAAUCGUGUGUGGUAUUCAUGCCAAGGAUUGACUUGUGGGCUGUAGAGACAGAAACUCCACUGAAAGAGGAGGUCAAGUGUGAUGAUGAUUCUGUAAAAGAAAAUGCUUCUUCCGUUCGUCCAGAAACAGUGGAGAAAAUGGAGUUGCAGUAUUCUUUUCGAGUAUCACAUGCUUGGAAUACAUUUUUGGAGCAAGUAGAAUCAUUGCGAGUUUCCACAAAGAUGAUAAUUCUGGCUACUUCUGCCAUGCCCUACGAACUCCUGCCUCCUAAGAUACAACAGUUCUUUAAGACGGACCUAUCAAAGGAGUAUCAGCCAACUAUGUCUGAGGCUGUUCCACAAUUCACUGUACAAGUUACUGAAAAUUCUGACCAGGACAUGGCCAUUGACCUGUCUGCUACUGAGUUGUCAAGGCGGGCAAUCCAAGUGUUUCUUCAUUUGGUGCAUCAGGGAACACAUACACACUAUGACUUACAGAAGACAUACAAAAUAGAGGAUCCUGACCAGAGUUGUAGAGAUCCACCUCACCAGAAUAAUCCUGAUCAUGGUGCAGGGGAAGAAGUAGGUAUCAAAUCAAAACCUCCUGAGGAUUGUUCUUUAAAAGUGCCAUCGAUACCUAUCAGCAUAAAUGUGAAACCGAAAUCUAGCUUGCAGUUAGCUGUCUCUACAUUUGGUUAUCAAAUUCUACGGUAUCCCCAAUUUGCUGAGCUUUGUUGGGUAACAUCAAAGCUUAAGGAAGGGCCAAGCGCAGAUGUUUCGGGUCCUUGGAGAGGAUGGCCGUUUAAUUCGUGUAUCAUUCGUCCUUGUAAUCCAUCAGAGCAGACUAUUACUGCUUCCGGUUCCAACAAUGUUAGAAGCAAAGAUGUAUCUGGCAUUGCCAGAGGCCUCGUUGCUGUUGGAUUAUCAGCGUAUAGAGGAACCUAUACAUCACUGAGGGAAGUCUCUUUUGAAGUAAGGAAAGUUCUCGAGCUAUUAGUUGGGCGGAUCAAUAUGAAAAUCGAUGCUGGAAAGGACAGAUGUCAAUAUAUCCGAAUUUUGUCUCAAGUUGCUUAUCUGGAAGAUCUGGUUAAUAGUUGGGUAUAUGCAAUGCGAAGUUUUGAAUCGAAUGCUCAAACAGAGUCGAUGAAUCCCUUGUCGUGUUCUGUAGCUGAUGCGACAGUGAGGGAUGAGCCAACUGAGCAAGGAACAUCUGAUCGAUCAAAAGGAGACCUGAAAGAAGAUACCCAAAACAUGAAUUGCCCAGACCUUAUAGCAUCUACUAAUCUUACGGACAGUCAUCAGCCAGAUCUAGAGAUUACGGACGGCUUAGUUUUGAUCAAAGAGAAUGGUGAUGAUGCUUCGAACUCUGCAAUGUUGAUCGAGGAUUCAAGAGUAAUUUCCUUGCAUCAGGCUGUUCUCCUUGAUCUUAACUCUCCUGCAGCUGAUCAUGAACAGAAUGUAACCCACAAUGGAUCAUGCGAGGUAGAAACAACAGCAACAGUCACUUGUGUGCAAGAAAAAGCUAAUUCAGAAAACAAUCCUGUUGGAUCAGGGGAACCCAAUCCCAUCUCACAGGAAGAUCCCAAAAAAUCAGCUGACUCAAGUAAUGGUGAAGGAGAUUCUGCAGACAGCAUGCAUGAACCAGUUAAACAAGUUGAAACACCUGCAAGAACCAAUCCUCUGGAUGACCCUAGUUUAGUUUGUUUGUACCGUUGCUGCCCUCAGUGUGUCUCCAUCCUCCAAGAUUCAAUGCGUAAAUUAGUCACUCGCGAACUGAGACUUGGUAGCAGCCACAUCACUACAGAGAGUAUACAUGAUGCGGUUUCUUCAUUAUCAGUAGAGCUUAUUGCUGCUGUUAGAAAGUUCAUCUCUGCCAGAAACAAUGGUGCUACGCAGGAAGUAGAGGUUGAAGAACGUGAUGAAAGCUCAGAAAAGGAAGCAUGUCCAUGCAAAAGGUUACCUGGUAAUUUUCUUGCCUCUGCCGAAUGCUGCAGUCAUUCUGCCGAAGAGCAAGGGGGCGUAGAUAAAGCGAACACAUCUCCAAGCGCUAAGAGUUGGCUUGAACCAGUAUUCGUUUUCAGGGACGGGAUAUUGGUUCCGGUAAGUACUGAAGAUGACUGCGCCUUGCACUGUAAAUAUGAUAGUUUAUGCCUUGGUUCUCUCAUAGAGUUGGUUGCAACUGAGAUGAAGCCUUUUUGAUUGGUUGAAUUUUUUUUUAUCUUUUUGUCUACUCAAAUCAACUGGUUUUGCAGUGAUUUUCUGUUACUGUUACAUUAUCAUAGACGUAUGAAAAAAAAGUUCAGCA